AACACACUAAAUGCUUUAUAAUUUUACACACUUGAUCAUUCUCGCUAUCAUUUUAUUACAUUAGAUAUAUCACUUGAUCAUUCUUUGGCAAAACUUAUCCUAAAGAGAUUAUGCGACAUUUAAAUUGCAAACCCGAGUUGAGUAUUUUUAUUUAGUUGAACUUUAUUAAAAGUAAAAAAUCAUCUCUUAGAAUAUAUAGUCAAAAUUAGUAUAUCCUUUGAUUUCUUUCGAAACCAAGUUUUAUUUUUCUCAUUGUGUAUAUGUAUAACAUCUAAAGUACUUUUCAUUCACAUAAUUUUAUACUAUAUACUUUAAAGAAACUAAUUUUUAUUUUUUUGCAAAUAUACUUUUUGGGUACAUAAUAUACCAAAAAAAAGAUAAAAUUAUUUAUUUCCAUAUUUCAAAUGGCAGAUAUUGUGCAAAUGAAAACAAUAAAAAGAUAAAAAUCAUGGGAUUUUUACUGGACAAUAACACUGCUAGAUUUUUUUUGUCUCUAAUUAAUCUGUUUUAUGAUUAUCUCAUUGUCAUUAACUACAUCAAACGUACAUAUUUAUCUCUCUUUUCUUUUAUAUAGUUAGAGCAUCACUAAAUUUGGAGUUUCUUAUCAUUAAUUAUAUUAAUUUUAAUAUGUGAUUAAUUUUUAAUAUAAACAAUAAUGCUAAUCAGCGAAUGACAAAUGUCAUAGUUGUUUCUUAAAAUUGUGUGAAAGUUACGUUUCUCCUCCUUUAUUCUCUUUUCUCAUUUUUAACACUUUGUUGAAAAAAUCACAUUUCUUGUCACCUAUAAAAAAAAUGCUCUAGGAGUCUCUUAAAUAAAGAAUCAGUCUCUCUUUGUUUUGUGUCCAUCUUAUGCACAAAACCACAUCUGCUUCUUAGUGGUCCAAUCAAUGGAUAAAUCAAUAUCAUCCACAGAAGGAGAAAUGGUGCAUGUCGAGGUGAUCAAUACUGAUGAUUAUAUUAGUAAACUCUCAAACGAUCUCUUGCUUGAGAUCUUAUCAAAAUCAUCGACGGAAGAAGUCAUUAAAACUAGUAUUCUAUCGAAAAGAUGGGGGAAUGUGUGGAAGAAGACGCCUUGUCUGUGUUUGGACAUGCGGAGGAUCGUAAAAACCACAACUCUUUUGCCGGGUGUUUUUCAUCAAGCUGCUAAUUCAGUGACAAAAGUUAUACAGGAUCACUGUGGCCAUUUGGAAAGAUGCACAAUCUACCAUGACUCACGCCAAUGUGAAAACGGGAUGUUGGAGUUUUGGAUUCAGUCACUGGUUAAUGUGAAACACAUCAAGGAUCUCACACUUGAAAACUUUUCUCCCGGUUCGAAAUCAAACAACAGAUCCAAUGUCACACUUGACUUGCCUCCUAGGUCAUUUUCUCAUCCACGCCUCACAUCUCUCUCGCUAAGCCAGUACAACUUAAAAGCUCCACAUGCUUUCUUGGUUUGCUGGAAUUUAAAGAAUCUCAAACUGAUUGGUAUCUCUUCUGAGGUUGAAGUCUUUAAUGCAGUCCUUGUGGCUUGCACUUCUCUCGAAGUGCUUGCACUAGAGAUCACUUGCCACAGAAAAUAUGGUAUUCUGAAGAUUGAUAACCACAACCUAAAGUUCUUAUAUCUAUCAUGUUCUAGGAUAAAAGGCGUUGAGGUGUCUUCACCCAGCCUAGAUAUCAUCUCCAUUGGAUCUCUCUCGUGUGAGAUGGAGAACUUCAUCAUUGCAAGCCCUAGACUCCAUUUUAAUCGAAACUAUUGGGCUACAGGAAAAGUCUUUCCUCACACUAGCUAUUAUAUAUCAUGCCCCUAUCAGGGGGAAGCAAGCAUUGGACAUGAGAUCAUGAUGAACGGAUCCAAUGUUUGUAUGAAAAUGUUUGCAUCAAUGUCGGUGAGUGUAGACUUAACUAAUGCAAAAGAAGUUGAGAUGCUCAGACAAGUGUUAGCUGUAUGGCCUGGAGACAUGCAAGAAGUUGAGAUUUUGUUUAAGAGUAACAAUGCUGCUAGGAAAGAAAGUGAGUCUUCCAUUGGAAAUACACAGAACGCGUUUUGGGAAGAUACAAAACCGUUUCCCAGCGCUCAGUUCUGUGCAUAUACUGUAUGGUUGUCUAACUUUAGCGGUUCAAAUGAAGAGUUUGCGUUAGCCUCGCGUAUGAUAAUGCAAGGGACGGUAGCAAGGUGUAUGAUCAUUAAACCAUCGACGGUUUCUCCAGCUAACAAGUUGGAGAUUGAAGCGGCAAUAGCCAGGCUGAAGGAGCUUCCAAAAGGUCACGAGAACCUUCGUAUCGUGAUGUUCUGAUGAGUUGUUGUUUGAAUCUAGCCAUUGGCUAUAUAUCUAGAGAACUCUUCCGAGUCUCGUUUCAAGUAUUGCUUUGGUAUUUCUCUUUUUUUUUUUUUCUUAUGUUUCAGAUAUUUGGGAUGUUAUUUGAGUUCACUUGAAGUU